AAAGUAAUAAUAUUGUUUUUAUAAAAUUGAUCCCACGUAAUUUUCCUUUUUGGAAAUCCUAUACGAAAAGGAAUAGUAAACCUAAUCAAAUUAGGAAGUAACGCGCACACAACUUUAAAACCUAAUCAAAUUAGGAAGUAACGCGCACACAACUAUAAAAAGGACUCAACAACUCUCACUUUUUCUUCUUUGUCAAUCUCUCUUCUUCUUUUCUUUUUUUUUUCUUCUCUUGUUGUGGCAAUGGAAGAAAGCCUAGAGUACCAAAAGAAGAGUUGGAUUGCUUUAAAAAAGAGCAUAAAUGGGCUGCUCAAUAAAAUCAAUAAAGCGAACAUAAAACACAUCAUUCCUGAAUUGUUUGAAGAAAAUUUGAUUCGUGGUAGGGGCUUGUUUUGCAGAUCAAUUAUGAAAUCACAAUUGAAUUCUGUUAUUUUCACAGAUGUUUUUGCAGCAUUGAUAGCCGUUGUUAACACAAAAUUCCCACAAAUUGGUGAACUUUUGUGUAAGAGGAUCAUUCUGCAAUUGCGGAGAGCUUAUAACAAUAAUAAUAAACCUCAGAUGUUAGCAUCGGUUAAAUUUAUUGGUCAUCUUGUCAAUCAGCAAGUUGUUCAUGAACUUGUAGCUUUGGAAUUAGUUACUCUUUUACUUGAGAAACCUACUGAUGAUAGUGUUGAUGUUGCUGUUGGUUUCGUUAAGGAAUGUGGUUCGAUGCUUCAGGAUCUGUGUCCCUUAGGGUUGCACGCUAUUUUUGAGAGAUUCAGAGGAAUACUUCAUGAAGGAGAAAUAGAUAAAAGGGUUCAGUUCUUAAUUGAAGAACUUUUUGCAUUGCGGAAACAGAAGUUUCAGCCAGCUGUUCCUCCAGAACUUGACCUUGUUGAGGAGGAAGAUCGAUUAACACAUGAAAUCUCUCUCGGAGACAUGGUGGACGAGCAAAUUGAAUUGGAUGUUUUCAAGCCCGAUCCUAAUUUUGUUGAAAAUGAAAAUAAGUAUGAACAACUACAGAAUAGGAUUCUAGGUGGGAGUGAUGAGGACGAAGAAUCUGAUCUUCUAGUUGGUGGUGAUCAGGACGAGGAUGAAUCUGAGGACGAGGACGAGCACGAAAUGAAAAUUGAAGAUGAGACAGAGACAAACUUGAUCAAUCUUCGGAGGACGAUUUACUUAACGAUUAUGUCAAGUGGUGGGUUUGAAGGAGCAGGGCAUAAGCUGUUGAAAAUCAGACUAGAGCCUGGUCAGGAGAUGGAACUAUGCAUAAUGUUAUUGGAGUGCUGCAGUCAGGAGAAGACUUUUCUCCAUUACUAUGCACUUUUGGCGCAGCGGUUAUGCAUGAUCAACAAAGUUCACCAGAAGAAUUUUGAGAAAUUAUUCAUGCAACAAUACUCGAUGAUCCACCAACUUGAAACUAAUAAACUGCGUAAUGUGGCAAAGUUUUUUGCUCAAUUACUAGGCACUGAUGCACUGCCUUGGCAUGUUUUGGCUUAUUUAAGAUUGACAGAAGAGGAUACUACAUCUUCUUCUCGUAUAUUCAUCAAAAUUUUAUUCCAGGAGUUGUCAGGGCACCUUGGCAUCCAUAAGCUGAAUGAGCGUCUUAGUGACCCCUCUAUGCAAGAGUCGUUUGAGUCGAUAUUUCCAAAGGAUAAUCCUAAAAAUGUGAGGUUUGCUAUCAACUUUUUCACAUCCAUUGGUCUAGGUGGGAUAACUGAAAAUCUGCGAGACUAUCUGAAGAACAUGCCAAGGCUCAUCUUGCAGCAAGAGAAACGUGUUUCCAGAGAUGAUGAUCGUCCAAGGAAGAGGAGGAGGAGAAGUUAGCUAGUAAAUUGAUUUUAGUGUUGUGAUUCUUCUUUAACGUGUUCUAAUAUGAGGCAAUUGGAAAAAUCUUUUACUUUUUUGGGUUCUGAGUUUGAUUUUUUCUCUGUUUUGGAGGUUAGAUGCUCUUUGAUUUCUGUCUUUAUGUACAUAUACUGUCAAUGAGAAUGAGUACAGCAAACAUGUAUUGAUCUUUUAGGAAAUCAACAAGUUACAUUGGUCUAGAAGAACUGUACAUCUAUUCCAUGAAAAUCAUUGAUGAUACUGUCAAAAAAUUGAGACAUGAUUAUUUUCAGCAACAAUAUAUGUUGAAUGGUAAUGGACAUCACUUUUUUAUAGCCAUAGCAAAUACAACAAUAGUAUAUCACAAAGAAAAAAACAUAUUUCUCAUUUCCAAGCAGAUGUGAGAUGAAUUAUGUAUUGGCUGCUACAGUUCAUACCUAAGAACAA